CCCCCUAUUAACUCCACAAUUGAAUUACAACCAUUUAGAUCUCGUUUCAGCGAAAACCUUCAAGAUGCAAAUCUUCGUUAAGACCCUCACCGGAAAGACAAUCACCCUUGAGGUGGAGAGUUCCGACACCAUCGACAACGUUAAGGCAAAGAUCCAAGACAAGGAAGGGAUCCCACCCGACCAACAGCGUCUGAUCUUCGCCGGCAAGCAGCUGGAGGAUGGCCGCACCCUGGCCGACUAUAACAUCCAGAAGGAGUCUACCCUCCAUCUGGUCCUCCGUCUCCGUGGUGGUAUGCAAAUAUUCGUGAAGACCCUCACAGGAAAGACAAUCACCCUUGAAGUCGAGAGCUCAGACACGAUUGAUAACGUUAAGGCUAAGAUCCAGGAUAAGGAAGGGAUCCCCCCAGAUCAGCAGAGGUUGAUCUUCGCCGGGAAGCAACUGGAGGAUGGUCGCACCCUCGCCGACUAUAACAUCCAGAAGGAGUCUACCCUCCAUCUGGUCCUGCGUCUCCGUGGAGGUAUGCAGAUCUUUGUUAAGACCCUGACCGGAAAGACCAUCACCCUUGAGGUGGAGAGUUCCGAUACAAUCGACAACGUUAAGGCUAAGAUCCAGGACAAGGAAGGGAUCCCCCCAGACCAGCAAAGGUUGAUCUUUGCCGGGAAGCAGCUCGAGGAUGGCCGCACCCUCGCCGACUACAAUAUCCAGAAGGAGUCUACACUCCACCUUGUGUUGCGUCUCCGUGGUGGUAUGCAGAUCUUUGUUAAGACCCUGACCGGAAAGACCAUCACCCUUGAGGUGGAGAGUUCUGACACAAUCGAUAACGUUAAGGCUAAAAUUCAGGAUAAGGAGGGCAUUCCCCCAGACCAGCAAAGGUUGAUUUUUGCUGGGAAGCAGCUUGAGGAUGGGCGCACCUUGGCCGAUUAUAACAUCCAGAAAGAGUCCACCCUUCACCUUGUGUUGCGCCUUCGUGGUGGUAUGCAGAUUUUUGUGAAGACCUUGACAGGGAAGACCAUCACUCUUGAGGUCGAGAGUUCUGAUACUAUUGACAAUGUCAAGGCAAAAAUUCAGGACAAGGAAGGAAUCCCCCCGGACCAGCAGAGGUUGAUCUUUGCAGGGAAGCAGUUGGAAGAUGGAAGGACCCUUGCUGACUACAAUAUUCAGAAGGAGUCUACCCUUCACCUUGUGCUCCGUCUUCGUGGUGGUUUUUAAGUGGUUGCAAGUACCAUUGGUUCUCUUUCUAUGUUAAUUUCCUCAAAUUUCAGAACUUGUUAAUGUCUGUGUAUGGGUCCGUCGUGGCCUUUUAAAUAUUUUGAAUAAUUCUGUACUGUUGUGAUUUCUGUAUCUUUUAAUGUCAAACUCUGCGUUUUUAUAUUAUUUAUGCUGUUUUGGUUU